GAAACAUGUGAUGAAGAGGAAGAUGAGGAGGAUAAAGGAAAACUUAAACCCAACUCUGGCAAUGGAGCUGACCUUCCAAAUUAUAGAUGGACACAGACUCUGUCAGAACUGGAUCUGGCCAUCCCGUUCAAGGUGAACUUCAGGUUGAAGGGGAAGGACGUGGUGGUGGAUAUCCAGAGACGGCGCCUCAAAGUUGGCCUGAAGGGCCAUCCUCCUGUCGUUGAUGGAGAGCUUUUCAAUGAAGUGAAGGUGGAGGAGAGCUCCUGGCUGAUUGAAGAUGGUAAAACAGUCGCUGUGCACCUGGAGAAGAUCAACAAGAUGCAGUGGUGGAACAAACUCGUCACCACAGACCCGGAAAUCAACACCAAGAAAAUUAAUCCAGAGAACUCAAAGUUGUCAGACCUGGACAGCGAGACUCGCAGCAUGGUGGAGAAAAUGAUGUACGAUCAACGCCAGAAAUCUAUGGGCCUCCCCACAUCUGAUGAACAGAAGAAGCAAGACAUUUUGAAAAAGUUCAUGGAACAGCAUCCAGAAAUGGACUUUUCAAAGGCUAAAUUCAACUGAGCCCUCCCCUUCUCCCCCUCUUUCGGCCAGCCCGUCGAACGGGGCAGAUAUUGCCAGAUAUCCCUUAUCUUGGGCAGGUGAACACCUCCAGCAUCCCCUGAGCUUGCCGUGGUGGCAGCUCCAUGAAGCUGUCCUCAGUUGUCCUUGAGCAGAACGAGAGCAAGGCCACAGA